CGCUCCGGUGACGUCACGCCCGGGGUUUCCAUCCAUCGUGAGUUUUCAGAGGAGCUCGGCGUCAUGGCGGCUGCCUUGAGCUAAUUCGCCUGUGUUGGAGAGGGUAGGCAAGAGUUACUAUCUUCCCCUAAGCUGCAUAAUUGGAAAUAUAUUUUUAUACAUGUAAACAUCGCACCCUUUACAUUAUCAACGAUUACUGGGCCUGCGCUGUGGUAUUUUGUAAACAAAGACAACAUAACUCUCCUUGAGGAAGAACGUUUGGGAGAUUCUCGUGACAGGGAAGGUUCUGUCCCUGGUUGAAUCUAAAUUUGAGGUAAACAGUCAACGCUGCUGCCGGCUAAAGCUCGAAGUGUGAGUGCGGCUGUCUGGACACGCGCGUGAGCCUGAGACUCCUAACCAAGCCCCAAAGUUUUAUGAGAAUACCGUCGGCUACCUUCUCCAGCUUGCUCCUGUUUGUGUAAAGGGUCUUUUCAUAUGCAAAAGAAGGGGCAGUGUCUUAUUUCCCACUUGCAGUGGGCUUUCCAGCUACCUUUUCAACAGAGCUAAACUGAGAGCUUCUAAGUAUUUUGGAGACUUUUCCAUACCUAUGGUGUUCUUGACUAAGAAAACAAAGUAUUUCAAUCCUGGGGUGUUAACUUUGACUCAAUUUCUUGAGUUUGUACAUAUUUGUUACAAAUUGUUGAACAUUUAAAAAUGAAUGGACAUAGUGACGAGGAAAGUAACAGCAGUGGUAAUUCAAGCAGCCAUUCAGAUGAUGAAUCAGGUUCUGGAUCUAGCUCUGGAAGCAGCAGUAAUGGAAGCAGCAGCCAGUCUGGAAGCAGUGAUUCUGAAAGUGGUUCAGAAUCUGGUAGCCAAUCUGACUCGGAAUCUGACACGUCAAAAGAGAAGAAAACUGUUCAAUCCAAAGCACCAAGAUUGGAUGGAACAGAGUUUUGGAAAUCUAAUCCAAGCAUUCUUGCUGUGCAACGAUCGGCAAUGCUGAAAAAGCAGCAACAACAGCUGCAGCAUAGGAUACACGCAUCAAAUAGUCGAUCAGAAGGGGUAAAUAUUCUGGGUUCAUCUUCUGGCGAUGAUUCUGAUGAGGAUUCUUCCAGUGACAGCAAAAAACACAAAGAUGAAGAAUGGCAGAUGUCCGGUUCAGGUUCUGAUAUUGACUCCCCGUCAGCAAGUUCCAGUUCAGAUUCCGACUCAGGGGGAUAUAGACAGAAAAGCAGCAAUAGGGACAGCGAAUCUGACUAUGAACCGAGCCAUAAAGUUAAAAACAAGAAAUCACAACACAGAUCCAAAGCAAAAAAUGGAAAGAAAAAUGUUGGACAAAAGAAGAGAGAUGCAGACUCAUCUGAUGAUGAUGAUGAUAAGAGAGCAUCCAGAAGGCAAGCUACAGUAAAUGUUAGUUAUAAGGAAGAUGAAGAGAUGAAAACAGACUCUGAUGACUUAUUAGAAGUUUGUGGAGAAGAUGUUCCUCAACCUGAAGAAGAUGAAUUUGAAACAAUUGAAAAGGUGAUGGAUUCCAGAUUUGGACGCAAAGGAGCUACUGGAGGCACUACCACCAUUUAUGCAGUGGAGGCUGAUGGUAAUCCAAAUGGUGGAUUUGAUAAAACAAAGGAGGCGGGGGAAACUCAGUACCUAAUAAAAUGGAAAGGUUGGUCCAGUAUUCACAACACUUGGGAAACAGAAGAAACAUUACAACAGCAGAAUGUUAAAGGAAUGAAGAAAUUAGAGAACUACAAGAAAAAGGAGCAUGAAACAAAACGAUGGAUAAAAGCUGCAUCUCCUGAAGAUAUAGAGUAUUACAACUGUCAACAGGAACUUACUGAUGACCUCCAUAAACAAUAUCAAAUUGUGGAGAGAAUAAUAGCUCAUUCAAAUCAAAAGUCUGCAGCAGGUUAUCCAGAUUAUUUUUGCAAAUGGCAGGGACUUCCAUAUUCAGAGUGCAGUUGGGAAGAUGGUGCACUUAUAGGUAAAAAGUUUCAGGCCCACAUUGAUGAAUACUUUAGUCGAAAUCAGUCCAAGACUAUUCCUUUCAAGGAAUGUAAGGUUUUAAAGCAAAGACCAAGAUUUGUAGCUCUGAAAAAACAGCCAUCAUACAUUGGUGGGAAUGACACUCUGGAACUGCGGGACUACCAAUUAAAUGGUUUAAACUGGCUUGCCCAUUCUUGGUGCAAAGGAAACAGUUGCAUUUUAGCUGAUGAAAUGGGAUUGGGAAAAACAAUUCAGACAAUUUCUUUCUUGAAUUACUUAUUCCAUGAACACCAGCUUUAUGGACCUUUUCUACUUGUGGUUCCGCUUUCUACCCUUACCUCCUGGCAAAGAGAAAUUCAAACAUGGGCUCCACUAAUGAAUGCUGUGGUUUACCUGGGGGAUAUAAACAGUAGACAUGUGAUUCGAACACAUGAAUGGAUGCAUCCACAGACAAAGAGGCUAAAAUUCAACGUGCUGUUAACAACAUAUGAGAUAUUACUAAAAGACAAGUCUUUUUUAGGUGGUGUUAACUGGGCUUUUAUUGGAGUUGAUGAGGCUCAUCGGUUAAAAAAUGAUGAUUCCUUGUUGUACAAGACCCUAAUUGACUUCAAAUCUAAUCAUCGCCUUCUUAUUACUGGGACUCCUUUACAAAACUCACUUAAAGAACUUUGGUCUUUGCUUCAAUUCAUAAUGCCAGAAAAAUUUUCUUCUUGGGAACAUUUUGAAGAGGAGCAUGGUAAAGGCAGAGAAUAUGGUUAUGCCAGUCUUCAUAGAGAACUUGAACCUUUCCUCCUUAGAAGAGUGAAAAAAGAUGUGGAAAAAUCCUUGCCAGCUAAAGUGGAACAAAUUUUGAGAAUUGAAAUGAGUGCUUUGCAGAAACAGUAUUACAACAUUUAAUUAAGAGCAGUGGAAAACUAAUACUUCUGGACAAGCUUUUAUUGCGGCUGAGAGAACGUGGUAACAGAGUUCUUAUCUUCUCACAAAUGGUACGGAUGCUGGACAUCCUUGCAGAAUAUUUAAAGUCACGGCUGUUUCCCUUUCAGAGAUUAGAUGGAUCCAUCAAGGGAGAAAUAAGAAAACAAGCACUAGAUCAUUUUAAUGCUGAAGGAUCAGAGGAUUUUUGCUUUUUGCUAUCAACUAGGGCUGGAGGUCUUGGAAUAAACCUAGCAUCAGCAGAUACUGUUGUUAUUUUUGAUUCAGAUUGGAAUCCACAAAAUGAUCUUCAAGCACAAGCCAGAGCUCAUCGAAUUGGACAAAAGAAACAGUGCAACACCAUUUAAUAAAGAAGAAUUGGCUGCUAUUUUAAAAUUUGGUGCUGAAGAGCUUUUUAAGGAACCCGAAGGAGAAGAAGAAGAACCACAGGAAAUGGAUAUCGAUGAAAUCUUGAAAAGAGCAGAAACUCGAGAAAAUGAAGGAGGGCCACUAACUGUAGGAGACGAAUUAUUAUCUCAAUUCAAGGUAGCUAACUUUUCAACAAUGGAAGAGGAUAUUGUUGAACCUGAUGUGAACUCAAAGUCAUGGGAAGAGAUUAUUCCUUCUGAUCAAAGACGACGAAUGGAGGAAGAGGAAAGGCAAAAGGAGCUGCAAGAAAUCUAUUUGUUGCCAAGAAUGCGAAAAUGUGCAAAACAGGCAAAUUUUAAUGGAAGUGAAGGUAGACGCAGUAGAAAUAGAAGAUAUUCUGGAUCUGAUAGUGAUUCAUUGUCUGAUCGAAAACGACCAAAAAAACGAGGUCGACCAAGAACCAUACCAAGAGAGAAUAUUAAAGGCUUUAGUGAUGCUGAGAUUCGAAGGUUCAUUAAGAGCUACAAGAAGUUUGGAGGACCAUUAGAAAGGUUAGAUGCCAUUGCUCGAGAUGGUGAGUUAGUCGAUAAAUCAGAGACGGACCUGCGCCGACUUGGAGAAUUGGUACACAAUGGCUGCAUAAAAGCUUUAAAAGAUAGUUCUGGUCAAGAAAGGGCAGGAGGAAGACGUGGAAAAAUGAAAGGGCCAACAUUCCGUAUAUCAGGGGUGCAAGUUAAUGCAAAGCUUGUUAGUUCUCAUGAAGAAGAGCUUGCUCCGUUACACAAAUCUAUUCCUUCAGAUCCUGAAGAGAGAAAAAGAUAUGUUAUUCCAUGUCAUACCAAAGCAGCUCACUUUGAUAUUGAAUGGGGGAAAAAUGAUGACUCUAAUCUUUUAAUUGGUAUCUAUGAAUAUGGUUACGGCAGCUGGGAAAUGAUUAAAAUGGAUCCUGAUCUAAAUUUAACACACAAGAUUUUACCUGACGAUCCAGAUAAGAAGCCCCAAGCCAAGCAAUUACAAACAAGAGCAGACUACCUCAUUAAGCUUCUUAGCAAAGAUCUGGCAAAGAAAGAAGCACAACGUCUUUCAGGUGGAGGAGGCAAAAGAAGGAAAACCAGAACAAAAAAAAGUAAGAAUUUAAAACCUGUGAAAGUUGAAGAGGAAACCAAAAGUGAAUCUUCUCCUUCAUCUGAAAAGUCAGAUGAAGAGGAUGGAAAGGAGGAUAAUCUUUCUGUGAAUGCACAUAAUAAAAAAGCCAAACCGGAGAAGGAAAAUGAGGACCAAUCCGAAUCAGACCAUACUGUGAAAAAGGAACCUGAGGAAAGGGAAAUAAAAGAGAAAAAAGAAUUAAAAAAGGAAAAAAAAGAGGAAAAGCGAGACACACUUGAAAAAGAAGCAAAAGACAAAAAGGAAACUAAAGUUAAAGAACCAAUCAAAGACAAAGAAAUUAAAGAUGAGAAGGUAAAUGAAGUAAAACUGGAUAAAGAAAAAGUAAAGAAGAACAUAUCUGCAGAAACCCCAGUUCAUAUUACUGCUAGUAGUGAGCCUGUUCCAAUUUCUGAAGAAUCUGAGGAACUUGAUCAAAAAACCUUCAGUGUUUGUAAAGAAAGAAUGAGGCCUGUGAAAGCUGCAUUAAAACAAUUGGACCGGCCAGAAAAAGGACUGUCCGAGAGAGAACAGCUUGAGCACACUCGUCAAUGUUUGAUUAAAAUUGGUGAUCAUAUCACAGAAUGUUUAAAAGAGUACACACAUCCAGAACAUAUUAAACAGUGGAGAAAGAACCUAUGGAUUUUUGUAUCAAAGUUUACUGAAUUUGAUGCCAGGAAGCUUCACAAAUUGUACAAACAUGCUAUUAAGAAACGUCAAGAAUCACAGCACCAUGAUCAGAAUGUUACCAACAGUACAAGCACAGUUCGACAUCCAGAUGUAGAGAGGCUAAAAGAAAAUACAAACCAUGAUGACAGCAGCAGAGAUAGCUAUUCGUCUGACAGACAUUUAUCACAGUAUCAUGAUCACCAUCACAAAGACAGACAGCAUGAUUCUUAUAAGAGUGAUUCCAGAAAGAGGCCCUAUUCUAAUUUCAGCAAUGGUAAAGAUCAUAGAGAUUGGGACCACUACAAACAAGAAAGGUAUCACAGUGAAAGCAAGCAAAGAAAAUUGGAUGACCACAGAAAAAUAGAUGACCACAGAAUCAGGGAUCAUAGAUCAAAUAUGGAAGGAAGCAUAAAAGAGAGAUUUCUCUCAGACCACCGUUCCCAUUCUGAUCAUCGGUUACAUUCAGAUCACCGAUCCAGUUCUGAUUAUAGUCAUCAUAAAUCUUCCAGGGAUUAUAGAUACCAUUCAGACUGGCAGAUGGACCACAGGGCAUCUGGUAGUGGGCCAAGGUCACCUUUGGACCAAAGGUCUUCAUAUGACUGCAGGUCACCCUUGGGACGGAGGUCACCAUAUGAAUGCUCAUCAGACCAUAAGAGUACACCAGAACACACAUGGAGUAAUCGCAAGACAUAACAGAAGGCUUUUACUCCAAGACUUUUCCUUAGCCAUAUUAAGUAAAAUAUCACGGUGAUUGCCUUACAUGACUCGAAAGGAAUGGACAAGAUCUGCAAGUGUUGCAGGUGUUACUACUUUCUAGAAUGCAAGGUCUAUUAUCACAACAGAGAAUAUUUUUGUAUUUAAAAUAUAUGCUGCACUGUGCUGCAAAUGUGGCAUUUUUUUUUAAGAAAUAGAAAAUAUGUUUACUGUUUCAGAGACCUCAGCACUGCCCGUAUAGACUGAAUUUUAACAAACUGCUCUUUACACCAGAUUUCAUUGAACUGUUAAAUUAUGUGCUGAUCUAUGAUCAUGUUUAGUGCUUGGAGAAGAGUUUUUUUCUGGAAAAAAAGCUCUUGUGGACCUAGUACACCUUCCAAAGCUAUUUUGUUUACAUUGUAUACUGCAACCACCUUACCGCUACUCAUCACAUGCUUGAAUAUUUAAACUCUGUACCUAAAACUGUAAAAAGCCAGUUUUUUAAUGAAUUGUGGUGUUCUUUUUAAACAAACUGCUGUAAAUUAUUGUAAAUUAAUUAAAUGACUUUUCCUUUCUCAGGCUUUAUUUGACUGUUCCUUCCCCCACCAACUCAGGCCUUUUUGACAUAAAUAUGGAAAUAUGUAUAUGCUUUUUUUUAAUAGAUUUGAUUAAAUCAAUUAUUCAGAAAGUUAAAAUUUGGAAAGGGAACACUUUUUCCGUUCAUAUAUCUUAUAGUGCUCCUUCUUUAAAGGGAUAUUUUAGUUUUGUUUUCAUUUUUAAAAAAAAAUACCAGUGUUGUCAGAAAUUGGUGGAUAAAAUGCAUAUUUUACAUAUUAUGCAAUCUAAAAAUGUUUCAGAUGAUUGUUUUUAUUAGAUGUACAAUUUAUAUACUUAAUUUUCCAAAUUAACCUUUUUCUGUUAUAAAUUUUUUUUAUAUUUUAUUUUAUUAAAUGGGCAAUAAUGUCAAUUGUGCUAUGCAGCCAGUAUAAUUUCAAGUGAACAGAUUGACUUUAUAUAAACUGUUUAAGUGAACACUGAUUGUAUAUAGAUUUCUUCUCUAUAUAUGGCAAAUUAAAUUGAAGAACCUGU